UUCCAAUACUGUUGAUUGACGUACCAGCGUAUUAGCCAAAGUCAGAGCAAAGCCUAGCAGAGCGCCAUCUUGAUAUUACCCCAAGCCCGGAAUAAAUAUUACUUUUCGAGGCUCUGCCAGGCUGCCAUCACUUCAUGACUUCCUAUUCCCCCUCUGUUUCUCUGCUUGACUCCUUCUCUAUACAUCCUCCUGCUUUACGAUUCCAUGCCUUGAACAAAUUCGGGCUUCUGCUUCGAUCAAUUGCAUGAACAAUGCCUCCCCAGCCCAAUCUUCUCAGCCAAGCUCACGAUGCCCUGGAACGACGUUUCGUGCCACCCCUCCCACCCUCAACCUACAUCGCCGGCGCCAAACUCUCUGUAAAUAUCAUCAUCGCGAUUGUCUUUCUUAUCUUGAUCACCAUCUUGUCUCUCGCAUGCAUCUGCUGUAUCUGCAUCAGACGAUCAAAAUCCAAAAGGAGGGCCAGAAGCCUCGCCAAGGAGGCUGCCGAGUCGAAGGCACUGCCGCCGAAGAUCAAUAGACGUAAUGCGAGAUUCUUCGGUCCCGGGAUUGUAAAGGAUGAGGAGUUGGAGAUGGCGAACUUUAUUGGUCAGAAAUUUGGGAAAGGGGAAGUGAGGAAGCCGGAGAGGGUCAGGGGUGGAUGGAGGGAAGUUCUCAGGAGUGAUUCGAGGUCUGCUGCGCCGGCCAGAGACGGUUUGAGGUUUUGGUGAGUGAUAAUGAGAUUAAGGGAGCAGAGAAGACCGAGAAAGGGGAAAUGAGAGGCUUUGGCAGUCUAGAAGGGAUCAAGAUGGGCAGGAGCACGUGUUUAAUUUAGUGCGGGAUAGAAAAGGGGUCCCAAGUGAUGAGAAUUAUGUGUCAGAACCAGCUUUCUGAGUGUUGAUUAUAUCAUAUCAUAGGAAAAUAAAGGGUGGAGGA